UGGCACUAUUGCUGAGGAUGUAGGAAACAGAGGGAAGAAAGAAAGAAAAACAAUAGAAAGAAAGGAAAAAGUACUGCGUGACAAAAAUGUAUCCCCACUGCCAGUGUGUGUGUGUUGAUUUGAGAGAGUGUCUGACCUGGAACAGCUCUUCCUGAUUCAGUCCAAGCAACUCCACUCCCCCUCUCCCGGCACAGGACUGCUGCUGUGGAGAUGGGAUGCUGAUCCAGACUGGGUAUAGUUCAUGCCUGGAAUCUUAACUCUGGGUGGAUCACCGCACCGUGAGGCGGCGUGCUGGGGAACAUAGGAACUAUCUAAAAGGAGAUAAUUUGGACUGGUUUGGACUUUUGAAGGUGUUCAUUUUGAUUUUGCAGCCUCCUCCUGAAGCUGGAAUAAUGUCUCUGGGCAGUUGCAGGCAGACCAUGCUUGCAGCAGAGAUCUGCACCCUGAUGGUAAUUCUGGUGGCAGGCACUGCAGGACAGAGCCAGAACGGGAGGGAGGCAGGGUCCUCCUGCUACGGGGGGUUUGACCUUUACUUCGUUUUGGACAAGUCCGGGAGUGUGCAGCACCACUGGAAUGAGAUCUAUUACUUUGUUGAUCACCUGGCUCAUAAAUUCAUAAGCCCUCAGCUGCGGAUGUCCUUCAUUGUAUUUUCUACAGAGGGACGGAUCCUGAUGAAACUAACAGAAGACAGGGAGCAGAUUCGGGCAGGCCUGGAAGAGCUCCGCAUGGUGCAUCCUGGGGGAGACACGUUUAUGCACAAAGGGUUCCAAAGGGCCAGUGAACAAAUCUACUAUGCUGGUGACAGUUUCCGUACGGCCAGUGUCAUCAUUGCCUUGACAGAUGGCGAACUGAGGGAGAAUCAGUUUGAUCUGGCAGAGAGAGAGGCCAGCCGAUCGCGUCAACUGGGCGCCUCAGUCUACUGCGUGGGAGUAAAAGACUUCAAUGAAACCCAGCUUUGGACAAUAGCCGACAGUAAGGACCAUGUCUUCCCUGUGAAUGAUGGCUUUGAGGCACUGCAAGGAGUCAUUGAUUCAAUCCUGAAGAGAUCAUGCAUCGAGAUCUUGGCAGCAGAGCCCUCUAGUAUCUGUGCAGGAGAGUCCUUCCAGGUGGUAGUGAAAGGAAAUGGUUUCUCACAUGCCCGCGAGGUGGGGAAGGUCCUUUGUAGCUUCCGCAUCAACGACACUCUCACUUUGAUGAAAAGACCUUUGGUCGUGAGAGACACCUACCUGCUGUGUCCAGCUCCAGUAUUGGAGGAGGAGGGGACGGCAGCUACCCUCCACGUCAGUAUGAACAAUGGCCUGAGUUUCAUAUCUAGUUCUGUCACCAUCACCUCUGUCAGCUGUUCUGACGGGACAUUCUUGGCCAUAGCUCUGCUCAUCCUGCUGCUCCUCCUGACGCUGGCUCUGCUCUGGUGGUUCUGGCCUCUCUGCUGCACAGUGAUCAUCCAUGAGCCUCCACCUCCGGUACUGGAGGACAGCUCAGACGAGGACGAGGACGGGUAUCCCAAGAAGAGGUGGCCCACUGUGGAUGCCUCAUACUACGGUGGCCGAGGUGUGGGUGGCAUCAAGAGAAUGGAGGUCCGCUGGGGCGAUAAGGGUUCUACUGAGGAAGGGGCCAAACUAGAGAAAGCCAAGAAUGCCCGCGUCAAGAUGCCAGAGCAGGAGUUUGACAUGGCACCAACACGCACUCUCAACAACGGCAUGCACAAACCCAUCAGUCCCCAGAAAUGGUACUCCCCUAUAAAGGGCAAGCUGGAUGCUCUGUGGGUGUUCCUGAGGAAAGGCUAUGAUAGGGUGUCUGUGAUGAGACCCCAUCCUGGAGACAAGGGCAGGUGCAUUAGCUUCACCCGGGUGAAAGCCUACCCUGCACCUCGUUAUCCAGUCUACAACCAGCCCUCCACAGCCAUCUACAGUCUGCCUCACACCUACAGUCACCCUUCCUCACACAGCACCCUCUCCCACAUGCCCCCCUCUCCCACUUCUACUCUACCACCUCUGCCAUCCACUCCCCCCCCUCCCUCCUGCAUCACCCCUCCCCCUUACACCCCCCCUCCAAACCGAGCUCUGCCCCCCACUUCUCUAAGUCCUCCCCCAUCUGUUUCUCCACCCACCCCUCCACCCCUUUGCCCUCCCACCCCUCUCCUAUUUUGCCCUGCCACCCCUCCACCCAUUAGCUCCGCCACACCCCCUUCCCCAACUGGCUCGCUGCCCCCACCCCCUCAGGCCCCACCCCCAUGCAGAGCUCCCCCCCCUUCUCGCCCUCCCCCACACCCGUCUGACCAAUGCCUGUGAGGAAAGAGAAGAGAAGGGCAAAAGCAUCUGUCAAAGAACGGUUACUGCUAUCCGGGGUCCAUGGGACGUCCCUACCCUAAACCCUACCCUUAACCCUUACCAUUUUCAAUUUCAACUUCAAUGGGAUGACGUCAGAGUUGGACAUCCCAAGGACCCAGAUAGCAAGGACCGUCAAAGAACUGAGCAGCAUGGACCCUGGUCCCUGAAUACUGUGCCUUUCUCUCCUCCUCCACCAAUCGAAACCACUAUCAACAGAUGGACAGGCAGGACAGCAAGCUCAACUCUAGUCAUCAGAAACGCUUUCUACUUUACUCAGAGUAUCAUAGAGAAGCUGAGCAAUUGAUCUGUGAAAUAAAGUUCCAUUAGAUUUUCAUGUGCUCUAUUCCAACUGACCAGGAUCUUGGGCAUCCUUUCAUAUACUGUAGCUAGCUACAGGUAGUGCAAGACUGUGAGUAUGGCUCACGAGUCUACAGUGAAGAUAAUAUCAACACUUUACUGCUUUGCAGAAAAAAGCAACAUUUAGCAAAAGGGAAACACUUACAGUUGAAGUCGGAAGUUUAUAUACACUUAGGUUGGAGUCAUAAAAACUUGUUUUUCAACCACUCCACAAAUUUCUUGUUAACAAACUAUAGUUUUGGCAAGUCGGUUAGGAAAUCUACUUUAUGCAUGACACAAGUAUUUUUUCCAACAAUUGUUUACAGAUUAUUUCACUUAUAAUUCACUGUACCACAAUUCCAGUGGGUCAGAAGUUUACAUACACUAAGUUGACUGUGCCUUUAAACAGCUUGAAAAUUCCAGAAAAUGAUGUCAUGGAUAAACAUACUUUGGUGCGAACGGUGCAAAUCAAUCCCAGAACAACAGCAAAGGGCCUUGUGAAGAUGCUGGAGGAAACGGGUACAAAAGUUUCUAUAUCCACAGUAAAACGAGUUCUAUAUCAACAUAACCUGAAAGGCCGCUCAGCAAGGAAGAAGCCACUGCUCCAAAACCGCCAUAAAAAAAGAAAGACUACGGUUUUCAACUGCAAUGGGGACAAAGAUCGUACUUUUUGGAGAAAUGUCCUCUGGUCUGAUGAAACAAAAAUAGAACUGUUUGGCCAUAAUGACCAUAGUUAUCUUUGGAGGAAAAAGGGGUAUGCUUGCAAGACGAAGAACACUAUCCCAACCGUGAAGCACAGGGGUGGCAGCAUCAUGUUGUGGGGGUGCUUGGCUGCAGGAGGGCCUGGUGCACUUCACAAAAUAGAUGGCAUCAUGAGGAUGGAAAAUUAUGUGGAUAUAUUGAAGCAACAUCUCAAGACAUCAGUCAUGAUGUUAAAGCUUGGUCGCAAAUGGAUCUUCCAAAUGGACAAUGACCCCAAGCAUACUUCCAAAGUUGUGGCAAAAUGGCUUAAGGACAACAAGUCAAGGUCUUGGAGUGGCCAUUACAAAGCCCUGACCACAAUCCUAUAGAAAAUCUGUGGGCAGAACUGAAAAAGUGUGUGCUCUUUGUAGCACACACUACAAACCUGACUCAGUUACACCAGCUCUGUCAGGAGGAAUGGGCCAAAGUUUACCCAACUUAUUGUGGGAAGCUUGUGGAAGGCUACCCAAAACGUUUGACCCAACUUAAACAAUUUAAAGGCAAUGCUACCAAAUACUAAUUGAGUGUAUGUAAACUCGGAAUGUGAUGAAAGAAAUAAAAUCUGAAAUAAAUCAUUCUCUCUACCAUUAUUCUGACAUUUCACAUUCUUAAAAUAAAGUGGUGAUCCUAACUGACCUAAGACCGGGAUUUUUUACUAGGAUUAAAUGUCAGGAGUUGUGAAAAACUGAGUUUAAAUGUAUUUGGCUCAGGUCUAUGCAAACUUCCGACUUUAACUGUACAUAUUUCAUAAGUUAAAAGAUCAAUGGCUCAGAUUUGAACUGAAAUGUGUCUUUUAUGUGUUAUAUUAGGUAAAUAUUACAUGCUGAUUGAUAAAAAUAGAAGUGCAUUUUUGAUUAAUUAAUGACAGACACAUUGGCAAAGAGGAAAACCUCUGACUGGGGAAGAUCAGAUGACUUGGUUUACUUGCUUACACAGAGAUCAUGCAAGAGUUUUAAAGCAAAAAUAAUGGACUGUGGCAGAGUCCUGUGGACUCUUAAUGGCAGAUGAGAUUAUGGAGAUUAUGGAUAUUGUUCAAGCUUUACAUUGUUUACAAAAAAAAGAGUAAUAACCUUAGCCAUCGGGGUAUGAUAGGGUAAGGCAGAUGUACUAAGCUCAUAAGUCAUUAUUAUAAUUUAUGUAAUUAAUUGAAAUGAAUGACCAUUGGAAAUCAGCAAUUCUGACAGAUUGUGCCUUUAAACUCAGCAUGGCUGACCUACCACUUGAUAACCAGGAACCAGCGAGUGAACAUUGACCUUUUGAUGUGACCUUUGGCUGUUGUUAUAUGGGACAUUUUGAUGGUGUCACUAUUGUGGUGUUGCCAUUCCUACAGAGGUAAUAGGAAUGAGCAUCUCUGUGAAUCCACCAGGGUCUAAUCCCAUUUCCAAUCCAGAUAUGUGUUUAUUAAGUAUGUGCUUGCUGAGUAUCGUCAACUAAUGUAUAGAAUGUAUUCAAAACCAGUGAGGCCAUUUUUCUGUGAAAUAAAAUAUUGAAUUUCAGAACAAUGA